UUGUGACCACGGGGCUCAUUUGCAUAACCCCGCCCACCAGGGGGCGGGGCCAAACCCAACGCGCGGGAACUGCCGGAACCCCCAGAUGCAGCUGCUCCGGUUCUUCGUCCUCCCCCAGAGCCUGGGGGGGUCCCAGGGGGGCGACCCCGACCUCGGGGUCCCCUCGGGUUUGGGGUCCCCCCUGAAGGCGGCUCAGGGGGUGGAGCCGGCGGUGACGGCCGUGACCUGCGAGCUCUGCUACUACCUGGGCUGGGAAGGCUCUGCCCCCCCAAGCCAGGAGGAGUUUGGGGUCCUGCGCUGGAUUUUGGGGUCCCCCCUGGCCGAGGGGGGGGACGUGGCCCCCCAGAGCUUCCUGAGCCCCCCAAAGGGACCCCACGUCCUGCUGGAGAUCGGGCCCAGGCUGGGGGUGUGCACCCCCCUGUCCACCAACGCCGUGUCCCUGUGCCACGCUGCCGGGCUGAGCCGAGUGCGGCGCCUCGAGAGAUCCCGGCGCCUCCUCCUGCAGCUGUCGGUGCCGGUGUCUCCGGCUGUUCGGGAGCGGUUGUUGGGGGCUCUCAGGGACCCCGUGACGGAGCAGCUGUACCCGGAGCCCCUCAGCUCCUUCCAGGUCCCCUCCAGCCCCGGCCCCGUCACCGCCAUCGACGUCCUGGGCCGGGGACGGGCGGCGCUGCAGGAGGCGGACGCGGAGCUGGGCCUGGCCUUUGAUUCCUGGGACCUGGAAUUCUACACGAGAUUGUUCCAGAAGGCCGGGAGGAACCCGACCUCGGUGGAGCUCUUCGACCUGGCCCAGAGCAACAGCGAGCACAGCCGUCACUGGUUCUUCAAGGGCCGCCUGUCCCUCGAUGGUCGCGCUGUGCCGGGGUCGCUCUUCGGGCGCCUGAUGGACACCCAGAGCUCCUCCCACCCCAACAACGUCAUCAAAUUCUGUGACAACAGCAGUGCCAUCCGGGGGGUCCCGGUGGCCGCGCUGUGGCCGCAGGACCCGGCCGGGCCCAGCCCCUUCGAGAAGAGGACGAGCGUCCGGCACGUGACCUUCACCGCCGAGACACACAACUUCCCCACCGCCGUGGCCCCGUUCAGCGGCGCCACCACGGGCACGGGGGGCCGGAUCCGGGACGUGCAGUGCACGGGGCGGGGGGCGCACGUCAUCGCGGGCACGGCCGGCUACUGCUUCGGGAACCUGCUGAUCCCGGGGUUCCAGCAGCCCUGGGAGGACGCGCUGGCCCCGUACCCUGCGGCGUUUGCCCGGCCCCUCGAGGUGGCCAUCGGGGCCAGCGACGGCGCCAGCGACUACGGGAACAAAUUCGGGGAACCCCUGCUGGCAGGCUUCGCCCGCUCCUUUGGGCAGGUCCUGCCCGGGGGGCAGCGCCGGGAGUGGAUCAAGCCCAUCAUGUUCAGCGGCGGCAUCGGAGCCCUGGAGGACGAGCACGUCCGGAAAGAGGCCCCGGAGCCGGGGAUGUUGGUGGUGAAGUUGGGGGGUCCCGUCUAUCGCAUCGGAGUGGGGGGAGGGGCCGCCUCCUCCAUCCAGGUCCAGGGUGACAACGAGGCCCAGCGGGAUCUGGGGGCGGUGCAGCGCGGGGACCCCGAGAUGGAGCAGAAACUGAACCGGGUCCUGCGGGGCUGCGCCGAGAGCGGCGCCAGGAACCCCAUCAGCUCCAUCCAUGACCAGGGGGCCGGGGGAAACGGGAAUGUCCUGAAGGAGAUCUCGGAGCCGGCCGGGGCCGUCAUCUACGCCAGCCGCUUCCAGCUGGGUGACCCCACGCUGAGUGUCCUGGAGCUCUGGGGUGCCGAGUACCAGGAGUCCAACGCGCUGCUGGCCCGGCCGGGGGCGCUGGCGCUGCUGCAGCGCCUGGCCCAGCGCGAGAGGUGUCCCCUGAGCGUGGUGGGGACAAUCACCGGGGACGGACGGAUCGUGCUGGUCGAUGACCUGGCGGCGCCGGUGCCCGAGGGGGGGUCCCACGAGGGGCUCCCCACCCCCGUCAACCUGGAGCUGGAGUGGGUGCUGGGCAAGAUGCCCCAAAAGGAGUUCCAGCUGUCGCUGUCGCCCCUCCCCCGGCGCCCCCUGAGCCUCCCCCCGGGGCUCUCGGUCGGGGCCGCCCUGGAGAGAGUGCUGAGGCUGCCGGCCGUGGGCAGCAAGAGGUACCUGACAAACAAGGUGGACCGCUCGGUGACAGGCCUGGUGGCCCAGCAGCAGUGCGUGGGUCCCCUGCACACGCCGCUGGCCGACGUGGCCGUGGUGGCCCUGUCCCACUUUGGGGACACCGGCGCGGCCACCGCCAUCGGCGAGCAGCCAAUCAAGGGGCUGCUGGACCCCGCGGCCGGAGCGCGGUUGGCGCUGGCCGAGGCCAUCACCAACCUGGUGUUCGCACGGGUGACACACCUCAAGGACGUGAAGUGCUCCGGGAAUUGGAUGUGGGGCUCCAAGUGGGGCUCGGAGGGGGGGGCGCUGGUGGCCGCGUGUGACGCUCUGGUGGCCACCAUGCGGCGCCUGGGGGUGGCCAUCGAUGGCGGCAAGGACUCGCUCAGCAUGGCGGCACGCGUGGGGACAGACACCGUGAUGGCACCUGGUGCCCUGGUGAUCUCAGCCUACGCCGUGUGCCCCGAUGUCACCGCCACCGUCACCCCCGACCUCAAGUGUCCCAACGAGCGCGGGUCCCUGCUGUGGGUCCAGCUGUCCCCAGGCCGGCACCGUCUCGGGGGCUCGGCGCUGGCCCAGGUCUUUGCCCAGUUGGGCGAUUCCUGCCCCGACCUGGACGAGCCCGGGAGCCUCGAGAGCGCCUUCAACGUCACCCAGGAGCUGCUCAAAGAGCGUGUCCUCACCGCUGGCCAUGACAUCAGUGACGGUGGCUUCCUGGGCUGUGUCCUGGAGAUGGCCUUCGCUGGCAACUGCGGUGUCACCGUCAGCGUCCCCGCGCCACCGCCCGGCGUCACCCUGCUGGCGCUGCUGUUCUCGGAGGAGCCGGGGUUGGUGCUGGAGGUCCCCGAGGUGGCCGCUGUCCCCGUGUGCCGUCGCUACCAGGACACCGGUGUCACCUGUGUCCCCAUCGGCCACAGCGGCCCCUACGGCCCCCGCGCCACGGUGACAGUGACAGUGGGUGACCAGGAGGUGCUGUCCCAGCCCCUUGGGGACAUCAGGGGACUUUGGGAGCAGGGCAGUUUCCGGCUGGAGCGGCUCCAGGCCAGCCCGGCCUGUGUGGAGCAGGAGGAGGCCGAGCUGGGGACGCGCUGGGGACCCCAACUCCAGCUGACCUUUGACCCGGACUACGUGGCACCCGUGGUGGCACAGAUAGAGCUGCCGGGGCCGCGGGUGGCCGUGCUGAGGGAGGAGGGGAGCAACGGUGACCGGGAGAUGGCGGCUGCCUUUGCCAUGGCGGGCUUCCAGGUGUGGGAUGUGACCACCCAGGACCUUUGCGCUGGCUCCGCCUCCCUGGACGGGUUCAGGGGUCUCGUUUUUGUGGGGGGCUUCAGCUACGCCGACGUCCUGGGCUCUGCUAAAGGCUGGGCCGCCUCCGUCCGUUUCAACCCGCGGGUCCGGGCGGAGCUGGAGCGGUUCCGGACACGGCCGGACACCUUCAGCCUCGGGGUGUGCAACGGCUGCCAGCUCAUGGCCCUCCUGGGAUGGGUGGGGAGCACAGGUUCUGUCCCGGCCCCGGCGCUGGCGCUGCAGCCGAACCUCUCGGGUCGGUUCGAGUCCCGUUUCAUCACCGUCCAGGUGACACCCGGUGACACUCAGUGACACUCUGUGACAUUCAGUGACACUCGGUGACACCC